AAGCUGCCUGGCUUACCAUUUUUCCUGUCUGCGCUGUCUAGCGAGGCAGCCAGCAACAACAGCUGCCGCAGUGCUCAGAACUCGUGCGAGCCUGCCAAGGAUUAACUGAUUGGUGACAAUGCAGUCUAUAGACCAGCCUGCCAAGGGCAAGGAGAAAAAACGCGCUUUGACUUCCAGCACCCCAUCCGAAGGUUCAGGGAAUAGAAUGAUAUUCACAGGAGGGGUUACUAUUUUUGCAAAUUCCAUCCACUUCUGCCAAAAAGGAAACAAAAUUCUGGAGUGAUAUCCUCCUGAAGGAAGAAAGGAGAGGAUGCUCUCUACAUGAUUAGAGGCCCAGAUGGUUUGCGUAAUCACAGAUCAAGGCUUCCGGAAACUACGCUUUAUAUAGGAGGAGCAACUGCGCCAGUAGAGGGCACUAGUGAAGCUGCUUACCUGUGGAGACCUGCACCAAGGAAUCCUCCUCCAUGGUACCACAGGUGCUGCUAUGUAGGAGAAAUUGGCUGGGGAGUAGGAGAGUUUCAUUCUCUCGCCCAGAAAAACGGCCAGCAGUUAAUGCAUGAACGAUUUCCUCCAGCUGAAGAGUUUGAAAUAGUGGCUCGAUACAGAAAUCCCAGUUUGAGGAUGUAUCCUGCCCCUGAUCCACAAUACUUGGGUUGGGCAGACAACCCAAACUAUCAUCCUCCUAUGAUGGCCUUGGAUGGAUCAGAAACAUCACCUCAUCAGAUGGAGCACUUUCAGUCCAACAUGGGAGAUUGCACAAUGUGCCAACCGGGAGUCUUUCAAAAAAAUUGUAAGUAG